GCGGAAUAUUUGUGACUACAAAUAAAAAUAAGUUGUCAAAAUUGAUAAAUAAAAUAAAAAAGUUGAAGUGAAUUAUGGCUAGAGCAGCAUUUAUUGGAACUUGGGAAGUAGUAAAAUGUGAAUAUGUUAAAGGGACGUACAUUGGAAGUUAUGAUAGAUACAUUAAAUAUAUGGAAGGAGUGAGAUUUCGUUUAGAUGAGAAUGGAGAUGUAACAUGGUUUAUCAAUGAUGAAUUGAAGUCUGUUCCCCUUUUCAGUUGUGAAACAUAUGAGGUCUAUAUCCAUGGAGGCCGAGCUGGUAUACAAUUACGGUUUGGUGCUUAUGCUGGCCAUGUUUUUGAAUUUAUACCUGACAAAGGAAGACCGUCUGACAGUGUAACAUUAACUUGUGAAGGGCUAUGUAUGCUACAUUGUAUCCGAUGCAGUGACGACACCGAAAUUAGCUAUAGUGUCCCGUACUUUACAUUGCUACCAGCUUUAGAAGACGGUUAUUUUUCAGAUGUAAUAAUUACAGCUUCUAAUAAUAAACAAUUUAAAGUUCACUCUACUAUUCUCGAAUUGCAAGGGAAUGAUAUUAAUUGGACCUCAGACCCCCCGCCCUUUAGUAAUAUACCCGAAGAUGUUUUAGGAACGAUACUUCAUUUCCUCUACUCUGAAUGUCUGCCUGAAAAUUUAACGGAAGAGACUGCUGGUCAGGUAGUUGCAGCUGCUGGUCCAUAUGUAUCAUUGAAUAAAUUAGUGAAUAAUUGUCAACUGUAUCUGAAAAAUAUGGCUCUAAAACAACAAAUCAUAGGUUUGGUCAACGAUAUGCAUUCUUGUAUAAAUCAAAUCAUUGAUAGAUUUCAGCCAAGGAGCAAUCAUUCUUCCUCGGAGAACAUAAUAUCCAAUCCGGCAAAGCUGUGCUUUGUCGUUAAACAGUCGAUUAGGGAUGCUGCUGUAGCUGGUGUGAAGUUAUUGCUUCUGUGUGAUUUAUUUACGAAGAGAAAAAACGAACUGUCCCGAAACGAACGACAUGAAAUUAUCCGAUAUGCCAAGUCGAGGUUACCAGUGUUUCUGUCACAAAUCACAAGGUUCCUGCAGACUUUGAAAGAUACUUUUAGUUCAAUGUCGCCUGCUCAGAGGGUGGAAAUAGCCACAUUUUUAGUACCCGAGAUCGAAAUAAUCCUAGAUACUAUGUCCAUGUUAAUAGUACAUGUGGAAAAAGCCUUACAGCAAAUAAUUCAGGGCCUCUUUACGCCGGACGUCACCAAAAGUAAGAGCAACGUAGGAGAUAUGUUGUCGAAGACCGUGAGGAAUCUUUUACACAUAAGAGAAUUGACGAAGUUGAAUACAUUUCACGAACAUAUCACUUGUAGCCUCGGAUUGUUAGUACAUAAGAAGGAAAACUUCAACGAAAUGUCGUCUUCACAAAAGGUACGUUCUAUUGCGAGGAAUCUGGAACAGCUAAUAGAAGAACUUCCGAUAUUUCUAAUAAGACUGGAGGAAACUGCAUCAGCUUUCGAUGAAAAACUAGAAUGGAGCGAUUUCAAAUUCUGUUUCAAAGUUGGAACUAGCAAGGUGUCUGACAUUCUACAAAAAUUGAUAGUUCACAUCGAUUCGCUGCAAGACGUAAUGAUUCAGGUGUGCGAAUUAGUCCAAAGGGACGCUUUCACGCAAACCUUGCAAUCUCUGGGCCUUUUGAAUACCACGGCUUCUUCUUCUCACACUAACGAAACACCAAAAAUGACCAGGAGUUCUUCGUAUUCAACGCCAAAGCAUCAUGGCUACAAACUGAAUUUAGUGGAGUCAUUGUGUGUUCCGCCGAAUGCGAACGACAGUUUACUGUCGAAAUUGUGCCUGCAGUUGUUAAGUAGCGAGAAAAAAUCCGACAUGGAGUUCGAGGUUGUGGGCGGUAGUUUUAAUUCUGAGCAGACGGAGGAAGGGGCAACACCCGAAGAAAAGUGUAUUAUAAAAUCUCACAGGGUCAUCGUAGCUGCUAGGUGCGACUGGUUCAGGAGGGCUCUGUUGUCGGGAAUGCGGGAAGCCAUAGAUAAGAAAAUUGUGAUACACGAUACUAGUCCGUUUCUAUUUAAAAUAUUAUUGGAAUACCUGUACAGCGGGCGGUUAAAACAGGAUUCUUUGUCGACUGAGCAGCUUGUAGAGUUAUUGUUACUAAGUGAUAGGUACGAAAUGGACAGUUUGAAGGUUACUUGUGAAAAUGCUUUGUUGUCGUGUGUCGACGAUGAUUCUGUUUUCUACUUUUUGAGUAUGUCGGAUCAGUACAAUGCCACAUUAUUGAAGACUCGGUGUUUGAAUUUCAUAUCGCAACAUCACGAACUGACAGAGAACGAGGAGUUUUUCGAGUUACCCAUUUCGCUGCAGGCGGAGAUCUUCGAUUCCGUCUGGACGCAACCCACCGGCGCUCAGUCGGAUAUGCUCGAUCACGGGUUGGAGCAUCUCCUUCCGACCUCCUCCGCCAGCAGUAACUCCUUCCACUGCACUAGUCCCGGAGUUACCGAUUUGAAAAGUGCAGUGGAAACGAUGCUACUCACUCCAGAAUUAGACCCCAACCGUUCCACCAACAGCUCCCUGGAGGACCUCCGUCUAGAGCAAAACUCCACCCAAAUGGAAACGUGCAUCACACAGCUGCGUGACAUCGUGGGCGACUCGGCCCCCAGGGAGACCCUCGUGCAGGUCAUUUUGGCCGCAGAUUUUGAUUUGAGGAGGGCGGUAAAUUAUUAUUACGCACAGAACAACUCGGACGAGUAGCAUUUCCUACGUUCAACAUUAUUGUUCAUCCCGCAUUUGGAUUGCAUGUGUUUAAAUAUUUGUGAUUGUUGAAGUUAUACGUGGUAAAUCAGAAUGUCGCAUCGUGAUUUUCGGUUAUAUCAAGAAUAGUGGAGGGAAGACAGAAAUUCUAAGAUCUCUCUCGAAGCUAACAGUUUCAUAAUAAAUUUUGUCCGUAUUAUUAUUUUUCAAAUAUUACAUUUCUUUUUUUAUUUUUCGCUGUGGUGAAUUUUUGGGGGAAUUAUUUACAAUUUAUUUUAGUCGUACAGGGGGGGUAAAAAUUGUGUCAUUGUAACUGUUUAAAUAAUGCAUUAAAUGGGAAUUUUAUACAGGGUGUUCCUAAAUAAGUGUGGCAACGGAAGACUAAAUUCCUAUUGAAAAAAGAAACAUUU